AUGUCACUUGUGCCUUUUUUCCCCUUAAAAACUAAACAAAGCGGCUGUGUUCAGUGGCCCCUCAGGAAGGCCAGUCAUUUCCUGAGGAGAUAUCAGGCCAGCCCAGGCAUUGUUUCAAUUUCCAGCAAUGGCUGCUAUUACCUGAGCAGCAGUACAGCUGGUCUCUCUGCUGUCCUGGGAGAAGUUACCAGAGUGUUUUUUUCUGCUUUUCACAGGGCGGGUUUCUCACCAUUGGUGCGCGGCAAGUAUUUUCUGCCCCUGGGGCAUGGCACGAAGGCUGAACUAACUGCCCAAAAGUCUUCACGCUCAGGAUGCAGCUGGGGUGGGUCCAAGGGGGCAAGAUGUGGCUUGGAGUCCUGCUGACACUUCUGCUCUGUUCAAGCCUUGAGGGUCAAGAAAACUCUUUCACCAUCAACAGCAUCCGCAUGGCGUUCCUGCCACGCCAGGAGGUACAGAACGGGGACAACUUGACCCUGCAGUGCAUCGUGGAUAUCAGCACCACCUCGCAUGUCAAGCCUCAGUACCAGCUGCUGUUCUACAAGGAUGACACGCUGUUUCACAACAUCUCCUCCACGGAGAGCACAGAGAGUUAUUUCAUUCCCCAAGCCCGGGUCUACAACGCAGGGAUAUACAAAUGCACUGUGCUUCUGAACAACAAGGAGAGAACCACUUCGGAGUACAAGGUGUUGGUGAAAAGAGUGUCCACUCCCAUAGUGACGCUGGACAAAAAAGAGGCGAUAGAAGGCGGGGUCGUGAAGGUCCGUUGUUCUGUCCCGGAAGAAAAGCCUCCAGUACAUUUCACCAUUGAAAAAUUCGAACUAGAUAUAAAAGAUUUCAAGCAAAAAAGAGAAAAAACUUCUCCGAACCAGAAUUUUGUGACGCUGGAAUUCACUGUCGAGGAACAAGACCGUGUGAUAUUUUUCCAGUGUCAAGCUCGCAUCAUUUCUGGGACACAUGUGGAGAAUUCUACAAUCGUCAGGAGUGACCUGGUCACCGUGAGGGAAUCCUUCUCGAAUCCCAAGUUUCACAUCAGCCCCGAAGGAGUGAUCACAGAAGGGGACGAACUGCACAUUAGGUGCACCAUCCAAGUGACGCCCAUGGUCCAGGUGUUUCCAGAAAUCAUAAUCCAGAAGGACAAGGUGAUUGUGGCACACAGCCAGCACAAGAACGAGGCCACCUACUCGGUGAUGGCCAUGACAGAGCACAAUGGCAAUUACACGUGCAAAGUGGAAACCAGCCGGAUAUCCAAGGUCAGCAGCAUCGUGGUCAACAUUACAGAGCUAUUUUCCAAGCCGAAGCUGGAAUCUUCCGCUACAAGUCUGGACCAGGAUGAAAGGCUGAACCUGUGGUGUUCCAUCCCAGGAGCGCCUCCAGUCAACUUCACCAUCCAGAAGGAAGGCGUGAUCGUGUCGCAGGCUCAAAAUUUCACCAAGAAAGCCUCAAAGUGGGACAGUGGGACAUAUACCUGCAUCGCAGGCAUGGGCCAGGUGGUCAAGAAAAGCAACACGAUCCAGAUAACGGUGUGUGAAAUGCUCUCCAAACCCCAGAUUUUUUAUGACUCCGGGUCUGAGGUGAUAAAAGGACAGGCCAUAAAAGUCAGUUGCCAAUCGGAAAAUGGAACCUCGCCUAUUUCUUAUCGCCUUUUAAAAGCAAAUAACAUUUUGGAGACUCGUACACUGGCCUCAAAUGAGCCCGCAGUAUUCAAAGAUAAUCCAACAAACGACACAGAAUACCAGUGUUUUGUGAAAAAUUGCCAUUCCCACACUGAAAUGGAGAGUAAACGUCUGAAGGUCAAGGUGAUAGCCCCGGUGGAGAACGUCACGCUCUCUAUCCUGCAGAAUAAGAUGGUGGAGUCUGGGAAUGAUAUUGUGCUUCGAUGCUCUGUGAACAACGCAUCUGGUCCCAUUACCUACAAGUUUUACAGAGAAAAGGAGGUCAGGCCUUUCUACCAAAACAUCUCGAGUGAAACCAAGGCCUUUUGGUUCAAGACACAAGCUAGCAAGGAGCAUGAGGGACAGUAUUACUGCACGGCCUCCAACAGAGCCAACCAUGCCAAAAAUGUCCCCCAAAGCAACAUAUUGACAGUCAGAGUCUUUCUUGCCCCAUGGAAGAAAGGACUUAUUGCAGUGGUUGUCAUCGGAGUAAUAAUUGCCAUCUUGGUACUUGGGGCCAGAUGCUAUUUUUUGAAGAAAGCCAAGGCCAAGCAGAUGCCAGUGGAGAUGUCCAGGCCGGCAGUACCACUUCUGACCUCCAACAAUGAGAAGAUGUCAAAUUUCAAUACUGAAGCCAACAGUCCUUACGAUUACAAUGAAGACACUGGAAACCAUGCGAUGAAACCAAUGAAUGAAAAUAAAGAGCCUAUGACCUUGGAGUACACAGAAGUGGAAGUGACCUCAUGUGAGCCUCACGAAGGUCUGAGAACGAAGGGCACGGAGACAGUGUACAGUGAAAUCCGGAAAGCUGACCCUGAUUUCAUGGGAAACAGACAUUCUAGAACGGAAGGCUCCCUGGUUGGAACUUAGGACUGCAAGAGCGGACGCUCCUCCAAAGGAGGACACCCACAUUCCAGGAAGAACAGAUGAUUCCCCAUUCCAAGAGUUCUGUGCACUUAUUUCUGAACCUGUCCUGCUCCCACUGAACACAGCGAUUCCUCAGGUCAAGUCACCAGUUCUUAAAGACGUCUUACUACGUUUCUGUUGGGGAUAAAGAGAUGCAGAAGGGCUGGUUAAUUGCCCACACAGCCCACUUCCCACUGAGUUGGAACAUCCUCGGGAGUGGAGAGCAGCAGAAGGAGGUUCAGAGUCUGCAGGCCAUCGGAAUAUUUUGAAACUUGAAUAUUUUGUCUUGUACAGAGAUAAAGAACUUUUCCAAGUACCCUCACGCACAGAAACCUGUUUUGUUUUUGUUUUUGUUUUUUUUUGUAGUCAAUCUCUUCUAGCAAAUGGCCUGGCUUCGGGGCUAGUUUUUCUCUUUGCCUUUGGUCCUUCAACAGCCUGUGGUUCUGGGUCGUCCUGUCCCUCGGAAGUGCACAGCACUGACCAGACAACUGCCCCCUGACCCCUCUACGACCUCACCCACCACAGGUGGGAAAACAAAGCUGCUUGGGAGCGACCCCAUUGAAAUGUCAACUUGAAGAUGAGGUUCAUUCCGGGAUAUGCACAACAUAGAAAAUGAAGUUGGACAAAGCACAGAUGUUCUUAAGCUGUUUUUCUAUAUUCUUUCUUUCUUUCCCUCUACCAUGCUGACGGCUGAAAUACAGGAAGAUGGUUGCCUACAGCAAAUAUUAUUUUUAAUAGAAAAAUGAAAUGCAUAUUUUUCUUACUAAUAUUUUUUAUUUAUUCCUUGCUAAAGAAAUGGUUUCCUGAGAUUUUAAGGUGUUUCUGAUGGUGUCUUGAGUGAGUGGACGAGGGGCUGCGGCCAUUUUGUCGUGGAAUUUCACUAGUGGGCAUACCUAACCGAGACCGCUCCUUCCAUCCACCUCAGUGACAUAGCUGCAGGGACCCUGAGGGAUGUUGUAUUAAAUAAAUUUGAUUUUUACUCUUCA